CAAGUCAACAGCGAGGAUUAUUUGUGUUUGCUUGCUCUGUUUCAGUCACCAGUUUCUCCUCGUGGGACUGAAGACAAGGCUCGCCUUCCCGCUCGACUCCCGCCCGCUGAAGUAGAUGCCAGGAGGGAUUAGGAAGCCGAAAUCCCCUGAUGGGAGAUGAGAAGGUGAAUGCUACCUCUCACAGACAUUUGAUUGAUCCAAAGUGAGAGUUGACUUUAUCUCUGAUAUGAUACCGCACUGCUGAGGUGAGAACACACAUUGUAAAAGACAAAUACAUACAUAUUUAUUUCUUUUUACCCCAUCUUCUGUAAUCAUCUGAAAUAUUUAAGGACAUAAUUGUGUGAGUGGGUAAAGGCUGAGUAAAGUGCAGACCCGGAGCAGGGCGUUGUUGUGUGUUUUUUUUUUUUUCCUGCGCAGUGGGCGGCAUUGAAAACUUCAGGCAUCAGCACUUUGAUAUCAGGAGACUGAUAAAGGAGGGCACGUAUAAAAGAAUAAUGUGAUUUAGACGACUGACGGAGUCUAUUAAUUGUCUCUUCAAAGCGCACCUGUGAGUCAGGAAAUUACACUGAAGCGAAAACAUGUCGUGCGGCCCGUUGAAGUGGUUUCUGGGGAGCCUGUCUCGGAGGAAGCCCCUGGAGCCCGAGGGGGAGCAGUCCACCUUUAACCGAUGCCUGACCACCUUGGACCUGGUGGCCCUCGGCGUGGGCAGCACCCUGGGAGCCGGAGUCUACGUCCUCUCCGGAGAGGUGGCCAGAGACACUGCAGGACCCAGCAUCAUCAUUUCUUUCUUCAUCGCCGCCCUGGCUUCCAUAUUUGCUGGCCUGUGCUAUGCAGAGUUUGGGUCACGGGUUCCCAAAACAGGCUCGGCAUACCUUUACAGCUAUGUGACUAUCGGAGAGCUGCUGGCUUUUAUUACUGGAUGGAAUCUGCUUCUUUCCUACGUCAUAGGGACAUCCAGCGUUGCACUGGCAUGGAGCGGGACGUUUGAUGACCUCAUCGGAGGUGUUAUAUCGAAAUACUUUGAAGAAAAUGCGUCCAUGGGCCUCCCUGGCCUGGCGCCUUACCCAGACGUCUUUGCUGCCGGUCUCAUCCUGCUUCUGUCAGGUCUGCUGGCUUUUGGAGUAAAAGAGUCGACAAUGAUCAACAAGAUCUUCACGGCGAUCAACAUCCUGGUGCUCGUGUUCGUCAUCAUCUCCGGAUUCAUCAAGGGAGACGUCGCCAACUGGCAACUAAGCGAAGAAGAUAUAUUAAACCAAACACUGGCUGGAAACCUGAGCUCCACUGGAAAUGUAACAGCCAACUUCGGAGUGGGAGGAUUUUUCCCUUAUGGCUUCGGUGGAACUCUGGCAGGAGCUGCAACCUGCUUCUACGCUUUCGUUGGAUUCGACUGCAUCGCCACAACAGGCGAGGAGGUGAAGAACCCCCAGAAGUCCGUCCCUGUGGGCAUCGUGGCCUCGCUGCUGAUCUGCUUCCUGGCCUACUUUGCUGUGUCCGCCGCCCUCACCCUCAUGAUGCCCUACUACAUGCUCAGUGAGAAAAGCCCCCUGCCUGUCGCCUUUGAGUACGUUGGCUGGGGUCCCGCCAAAUACGCCGUGGCUGUGGGAUCUCUGUGCGCUCUGUCAACCAGCCUGCUGGGCUCCAUGUUCCCAAUGCCUCGAGUCCUGUUCGCCAUGGCGAGAGACGGGCUGCUUUUCCAACCCUUAACCCAAGUCACCGCCAAGGGAAGUCCUGCUGUAGCUACCAUAUCAUCUGGAGUUGUGGCAGCCAUCAUGGCUCUGCUGUUCGAUCUGGAAGCCUUGGUGGAAAUGAUGUCCAUCGGCACUCUGUUUGCUUACACACUGGUGGCCAUAUGCAUCCUAAUACUGAGGUACCAGACAGGUUCAUCUGAGGAAGACACAGACCUUAAGAUCAAAGAGUCAAACUCAAAGUUCAGCAUCUUGAAGCCUCCAUCGACUGCCAACUCUUCCACCUCACGAACUGUCACAAUCUUGACUGUAACCUCUGUUGUAUGUGUGGUCGUACUGUGCAUCAUCCUGGCUCUGGCCAUAGAAUCUCUGGCCAAUGGGGAAGCCUGGAGUAUCGUGCUUAUCUGCAUCUUUGGCGUAAUCCUGCUGCUCACUGUUUUCCUCAUCUGGAGGCACCCACAAAAUCCCACCAAGGCGUCGUUUAUGGUACCUUUACUCCCUGCUCUGCCCAUUGUGAGCACUUUCAUCAAUGUCUACCUGAUGGUGCAGUUAGGUGCAGACACGUGGCUUCGAUACGCCAUCUGGAUGUUAGUCGGGCUAGUUAUCUAUUUUGGCUACGGAAUGCAUUUUAGUGUUCAGAGAAAGCGUGUCAGGGUCAACGAGAUGACAGUCGCGACAGUCAGCGGCAAAACAGACAAGAUCAUCUGCGAAGAGAAAUUCUGAGCUCAAGUCGCGUGAAGACCUUAAAAAAAUUAGAUGUUACAGUGAGUAACUAAUUUAAAUAUACCACACCAGUGCUGGUCUGUGCACAGACAAAAUGGGCAGAUGGGUUAACUCAUCUUUUGUUCCACACUGACACUUUAUUGCAUCUUAACAGAGUCUGCUAUGUUUUUAAAAAUUGUUAUUGUCAACACUGAAACAUUAAAAUGUUGCAAAUCAUUGGACCUUUAAGGUGUUCAAACAGGGAAUUAGUAUUUCCUAAAGCCAUUUUGUAUAAAAAAUAAUAAUUAGAUAUGGGGGAGCACACAUUUAAACGUCACUCUGUGCUCAUUAUUAAUCAUAUUGACCUUCAUUUGGUGCCAGUAUCAAUGUCAGCAGCGUCUCCAGGAGCCUUUAAUUUUCCUAUUCAAGUUCCUAUUGAAAUCUUUUAAAAAUGCAAAGGAAAAAAGCAGACAAUUCACAUUUUAUUACACUGAAAUAACAUGUUUAUACUUUUCACGUCAUUUGUAAGUUUAAAAAUGAAUUUCAACUUCAUACAAUUUUGAUAAUGAAUCCAAAUAAUCUAAUUUUAUUUUCUUACGUAUCAAUUUAUAGAAUUAGACUGAAGAAGUUGCACAAUGUAGAUACAGAAAGCCUUUUGUGGAAUGUCAUGUUUUUGUGUUGGUAACCUUUUCAAAGUCAGCUGUAAUGAUGGUUUUCUUAUCCCCAAGUGUAAAUAUGGAAACUGUACGUGUUUGCUAAUUAUAUUACUGUUAAUGUAUGACCUAAUUAAAGAGAAAUAAUCACGUUUUCCACAUGGA